AUGGAUCCAUACUCACUCGCUCACCCUCGUCCUUGGUGCAUCGCGUGGGAGUCGGUCGAAAAGAAGAAAGUAUUUGGUGCACGCAAACAACAUUGCUCGCAGUCGAUCAAUCGACCGACCAAAACCCAAAGAGAAACCAAUCUGGUCGAAUGGGUUUGGAUUUGUGUAGCUGCAUUUGUUUCGAUGAGGUUUAUCGUUCGCUGGGGCGACAAUGGUGGUGGUGGUGAUGGUGUCGUUCGAUUCUCAAUCCCAGAUGCGUUUGUGUUUCGUUGUUUUUCAUCAACUCCGUCGAAGUGA